UUGCAGGCAGCCCCGCCUUGGCACUGUGGUAUCCCCUGCUCUUUGGACUUUGCCUGACUUUGCAGGGGGUUGUGCCUACGUGCAGGAAUGAAUGCAUGAAUGAAGACUCGUGUCUACAACUCUUCCAGGGAAGCAUGGGAGGACGGAAAAUGGCGAGAGAUGAGGAGAGCGCCUAUGGUGCGGAAGGGGCCGCGCGGGCUCCCGAAGCGCAGCUGCGGCUGGUCCUGGUGGGCAGGAGCGGGACGGGCAAGAGCGCCACGGGGAACAGCAUCCUGGGCCGGCGCUGCUUCGAGUCCAGGCUCGGCGCCACCUCGGUGACCAGGACGUGCGCCGCCGGCAGCCGCCGCUGGGCCGGGUGGCACGUGGAGGUCGUGGACACCCCGGACAUCUUCAGCGCCCACGUGCAGCGCACGGACCCCGCGUGCGCCGAGCGAGCCCGCUGCUACGUGCUGUCGGCGCCCGGGCCGCACGCGCUGCUCCUGGUCACGCAGCUGGGCCGCUACACCGCCCAGGACCGCCAGGCCUUCGCCCAGGUCAAGGAGCUGUUCGGCGACGACGCGGCGGCGCGCACCGUCGUGGUCUUCACGCGCAAGGAGGACCUGGCCGGCGGCUCGCUGCAGGAGUACGUGCGCGCCGCCGACAACCGCGCGCUCGCCGAGCUGCUGGCCGAGUGCGGCGGCCGCGCGUGCGCACUGGACAACCGCGCGGGCGGCGCCGAGCAGGAGGCGCAGGCGCAGCAGCUGCUCGGCCUGGUGGCGCGCCUGGCGCGGGAGCACGGGGACGCGCCCCUCACCAACGACGUGUACGCGCUGGCGCACGCGCUGCGGGCCCAAGAGCCCCAGGAGCGGCUGCGCGGGGUGGCGCGGCAGCUGGCGGCGCGCAUGCGCAGGCCCCGGGGGCGGUGGGCGUGGCCGAGGCCCCAUUGGCUGGGCUGGAGGCGGGGCGGGGCCGUCGUGCUGGGGGCGGCGCUGCUGGUCCUCUGGCUGCUCUACCGCAGAGCUGAGCCCCUGGCCGGGGGUGACCUGAGUGAUGGUGGCUUAAAAGCUGCUGUAGCUUGGGAAGAAAUGUACUGAAUAGAGGGGUCAUGGGGAAGGAGAGGGACAGGCGAAGCCUUCCUUCCAAAGGCAUCCUGUGCUGUCACACUUGGCCUCGGUGACAAGGAAUACUUCAAACAGGGCAUUGGAUUCACAAACGCACUUUUAAGUGUUUGAGUCUCAAUGUAUGUAUAGAGUUUCUUUUGGGGCUUGGAUUAGUUGUUG